AAAGAGAGAGAGAGAAUGAUGUUGAAUAAACUUUUAGUUGCACAAACAUCCAACGACGCAACAUCAAGAAAUUGUGCGAAGAGCGAAGGCUUAUGUAAUUUAUUCAUAUCUCGCUCGUCUCGUUUCGUUUCUCGUACAACAAACAAGUAUUGCAUGAACCUAAAAAUUAGUUCUUCCAACUUCGAUAUCGAAUCAACAACUGUCAGUGUCAGUGGUUUUCUUUUCUUUUGUUCUUUAAAUGUGAACAACAAUUUUAAAAUAAAGUGUUUUAUAACUAAAUAAAUAUAAACUAUGGGAACUAAAAUUAUUAAUAAACAAUUUGUUGCGUUUUUAAUCGAAGAAUAUAAGGCAUUGCCAUCGCUAUGGGAUUCUGACAGUGAGGCCUAUAAAAAUAAACACAUCAAAAAAGCUGAUUACACUUCACUUUUGAAAACAAUGAGAACUGUCGAUCCACUAUUGACUAUGGAUGCAUUAAAGAAAAAAAUAGCCAAAAUUCGAACUUGCUACCGUCGAGAUUUGAAAAAACUAACUGAAAGUAUUAAAUCAGGUGCGACUGGAGAUGACGUUUUUGUUCCAACACUGUGGUAUUUUCAUCAAAUGGAUUUUAUUCGAGGUAAAGCUCAAGAUUCGAAAUUACAAGAAAUAGAAGAAUUUUUGAUAGAUGGUGGGACGAAUGGAAGUAAUAAUGAAUAUGAAGAUCAUAAUUUUGAUGGGCAAUGUAAUGGUAAAGGUGAUGAAGAAGAAUGGAAGCAUGUUCCACAAGAAUUGAAAAUUGAGCCACAAAUGUCAAAACAAUUUAAAACAUCCUAUGGGCAGAGAAAUACAAUUUUGAACCAACCUACAAAACGUCCGGCUGUUUUUGAACAGAACAAUCAAAACAACAACAAAGACGAAGCAGCGUUAUUUAGUGAAACUUGGGCAGUCUUAUAUCGAAAACUUUCACAUGAACAGCAAUUGUAUGCAAAGAGAUGCAUUGAUGAGAUUUUGUACCAAGGUCAAUUUGGUAAUUUGAAUUCGAGCACAUAUCGAAAUAUAGAAUCGGAUAAUAAUUCGAACCAAUAAAUAGGUUGCUAAGUCAGAUUGGACUUGCCUCAGGUGCAGAAGUUGUACAACUUUUAAAAGUUAAUUACUUAUUGUUAUUUUAUUUA